UCCUCUUUCCACGUGAUUGCUUUGCUGGUCCACGGACAUAUUCUACUUUCUACCCAGGGACGUCCACGUCCCGAGAGUCCCAAAUAUCAGCAUUUUCAACAUCACCGAAGAUCGCUGUUGAGCUGCAUCGAGGAGCUUAUGAGAGUUAUUUCGGUGAACCACGGUCCACGGUACCACCCAUGAUCUGACAACUCUCAUGGUUUUGCCCGUGAUAACGGUUGUUUGCGUCAACUGGUAUAGUGGUACCGAAUAGCAGUUCGCAAAGCCGUCUCUCUCCUCUUUCAUGCAGGACAAGUCCACCAUGGUGCCUUCAAUAACCCUCUUCGAAAAGCUCGCAUUGCUCGAAGGUUUUGCAACUUCCUUUGGUACUCCUCUACACCCUUGCUAUUUCCUCAUUUUCGGACGCGCUGAAGAAAAAGAAGCUCAGACGGCUGCUUUUUGAGGCUUACCUUCAUUACAUUACCCGGACGGCUACGGUUAGCAGGUUCAAUGGGUACUGGGUCGACAACAAGAAUCUACAGGAGUUGGACAAGACAAUGGAGGGUUGAGCCGUUGUUGGAGGAGGUCUCGCAGUCAGGAAGAAAGCUGAUGUGGAUUGGGAAUAAGAAUGCCGAGAAGGUUGUGUUCUAUGUUCAUGGCGGAGGCUUCAUGUUACCCAUCUCAGAUUAUAUGCUCAUCUUUGGCUGUUUGUUCAACGCGAAUACGCCAGAAGAACGGGAGGAAAAGAGCUUGCCAUCGUCGCAAUGGAGUAUUCUAUCUACCCUCGUACCUUCCCAACGCAACUCACGGAAAUCGCCCUUGCACUAUCAUAUCUUGAACACUUCCUGCAUCUCACCUUCCAAACUACACGUUGCAGGCGACUCUGCCGGUGCCAACCUCGUUCUCCAACUGAUCAGCAACACUCUUCCGGUAGACGAAGUACCUCCUUCACCCCUCACUCCCGCUCAGCCCGUCUCUGGCAUUCUCCUCAUCUCACCAUGGUUGUCUCUAGACCAACCAACUCCAUCUUACACCCAAAAUGACGCCACAGACUUCCUUGCCCCUGCUACUCUGACGGGGUAUGGGGUGAAAUAUCUCGCGGGUGUUCGAGAUAGUCACGUACCGUACGUGAAAGUUCUCUCAGCAGGAAAACAGUGGUUUGAUGGUAUAGACGAGUUGACGGAUCGAAUUCUCGUCACUGUCGGUGGUGCGGAGUGUUUGUUGGAUGAUGGAAUUGGGGUGUACGACGAAAUCAAAGCUUCUGUUUUGAGAGGGGAAAGAAGAGUGGAUGUUGAGGUGGACGUAGAGGAUGGUGGGGUACAUGAGGAUAUGAUGGUAGAUUGCGGGGCUUUUGGCAAGAACUUGACAGCGGUCGGGGAGAAGAUUGUUGUGUGGUUGAUGGGGAGUAGGGGGUAUGGGGUUCUCUAGAGCACCCUGUAGUAGCAUUUCUCGGUAACAACCCCGAACAUCAACCGUCAAGCCUUUCUCUUUCAGGUGGUCUAAAGAGGAGUGACCCGGAGAAACAAGAAAGACGAAUCGUCCGGAUCAGUGGCCCAACGCAAGCGUUUCAAAGCGGCCAGCGGGUGCUUAUCGAGUUCAUAGAUUUCAAAACGCUCGGGAAACUUGAGCUCGAGGAUGUCUAAUCGGGGGAGUAGAGCCUCGUCGCCUCUGUUCAUGAUAUGUGGUAAAACAACGUCCUGAAAUUGAAGGGGACCGUGGACUCGGACUCACAGGCAGAAAUGGCGGACUGUAGGAACAGCCUUCAGAAGUUUGAAUAUAUCUUCUAUUUCCCGGGUGUAUCCUGAAAUUUCGAGACUCUGGAGGGUGCAGGGUGAGUGGCAGAGAGCUUCUGCGAAUAUGUGGAAAGGUGCGGGUAAAAAUGGAAAUUCGGUGGUUAUCGAAAGGUUUUCGAGGGAGGGGAAGGACAGGUGGUUGAUCCGUCGAAAUGACGAAACGGGUUGCUCGAGAGUAGGAUGAUCCGGUGAACGCAUGUAGAUCUUUAUGGCGAGCGUUCGCAAUUUAGGGAGGCAGAUAGUGUCUUCGGUGGAUCGUCCACAAUUUACAGCUUCGAUGGCGUCGCUGACCAGCUCCAGACGAAGCCAUUCCAGGUUCGGUGCAAUAUUAUUCAAGGUGCGGUAGUGGAGCCCUCGAAUUUCGUGAUUUGUGUCCACAAAAAUGGACGCCUGGGCUUUUGGAGAAGAAUGGGAAGUCAAGGACAGGAUAUCAAACGGAUCUGGGGAGCUUCUCUGAACGCCCC